AUGGUCCUUCCCAUCACCGAGAUAUGGAGGCUUCAGAUGCGACGGACUAAGAAGGCGGCACUCACAGGCAUCUUCUUGAUCGGCGGGAGCGUCAUCCUUAUCUCCAUUUCCCGACCGCUUCUCUUCUGGAUCUUCCGUCCGGUGCCCGGUGUAGCGCACAACGUCAGCCAGACAACCGUCUUCCCCUACACGGCAUCGGCCGCCGAAGUCUGCCUCGACAUCAUCGGCGCCUGCCUGCCGCCCUGUGCGUCUCUCUUCAGGCGCUUCUUUGGCGGCGUCGUGAGCGUUGUGAAAUCGGGACAUCAUUACUCCACCUCGCGUGGCAAAUCCAGCGGCAAAGACUCGUCUACAAAGAGGUCCAGCAAAGUACACGCUCUGACCAUCGGUAAAGCGAGUAACCGCAAGCGAGCCGCCCCCGCCAAUAACACGCUCGAUCUCGAGGGGUCAUCUGAACGGCUCGGGGACGGGGUUAGCUGGCAAGGUUCGACGGACGAAUUGUAUGGGAUGGAUGAUCUCCAGCACAGCAAAGCGGAUGUGGAUGAUGGCAAGGAACGUGUUGGAAUAUGCGUCAGGCACGAUAUCCAAGUUCAUCAUGGGGGCCCGGUUACGGAGGAAGACAUCAGAAAGUGGCACCGAGGAGAUGUCUUCGACGGGAGAUCUAGCAGACUUUCGGGGGAAGCUAGGGGUUUAUAA